AUGUAACGAUGCGGUGCUACUGCUGACCCCAAAACAGGACGCCGGAAGUGGUGCUCACUAGAGACUGUGAGUAAGAACUGUGAGGAUGAAUCUGGAGCCCCAACCUCUCCUAGCCUCCUGCAGGAGGAUGACUCAGGGCCCCUGUCCUCCCAACAGCAGGCCACCAGUUCAAGGGACAAGAAGCCCCUAAGCUCCCUCCACCUUUCACAUAGGGCCCAGGUGGCCUUGGAGUACCUGCCUUUCUUCUGCACCUAUGGGUACCUCCUGGCAGAGGAGGGGUUGGUCCUGCAGCCCGAGACGCCGCUCCAGGAGGACUCAGAACUGCUCAGUGGGUUCUUCCCUUACUACCGCUCUGAGGAGGAGAGUUUGCCCAGCAUGGCCCUUCCUGGCUGGUCACACAGAGGCUCCCAAGAUGCGCCCACUGAGAAGGAGGCACCGGCUGGCUGCUUCUGCAGGACAACAGUCAGGAACGAAUGCUCUGUCUCGGCAGGGUUCGCCCAUGACAGUGAUCAGGAUGCCCCUCUCUCCAGGAACUAUGGUCUGUAUGCCUCAGGAUUCGUGUAUUACUACAGAACCCCUGAAGAGGGGCUACAUACUAGCCCGGGGCCUCUUGCCUCUCCAUCUGGGAGCUAGGGACCCUCAGGGGCUGCCCAGGGCUGGUGCAGUCACACAGCGGGGAUGCUGGAGCUGGCUGCAGCGGAAGCCACUGGAGAGCAGGCCCCCAGCACCCACUGA